CUGCCACUCAGCAGCGAAAAUGCCCGAAGAUUGCUGCCGCUGCUGCUGCUGCUGCUGCGGAGACAAGGGCAGCAGGGCUGGGUAGGGUCUGGCCUGAGUGCGCAGUGGAUGCUGAGAGAGACAAAAAAAGCAACAUUGCAAUCGUUAUGGGUGUCUUACUGAGAUGCAGUCUCCACACUUUCACGGAUGCAUGCUUUAUCAUCAUCAUCUCAAGCCUCUCCAUGUUGUGUGAUAGCAGUCUGCUGAGGCCAAAAACAAGCUCUGGCUAUCUUGCAGCAUCUCUAGCGUAGACAAAUUGUUGCACCAAAUGCAACGUUUUCUCACCUCGGCCCGCGUCGUCUGGUGCAGAUUCCUGAUCAGCCUCCAUCAUCAGUAAUUCUGCAGGGAAGCACCAUGCUCACCAGUAUCACCGAAGGCAUACUGUGCUGCCUGACUGGGAAGGCUGCCAGUCUGGUCUUGCCCCUGGAGUCGUCAGAGCCCUCUGAUGGUUUUGAGUUUGUGGAAGUGAAACCUGGGAGGGUCCUGCGGGUGCGGCACAUCGUCCCCGAGCGUCAGCCUGUAGUAACGGAAGAGCAACUUGCGGGCAAGGAGAAGAUGGAUGGCGAUGAUGACGACGGCUCUCCUGAGGAUCAGGAUGAGAGCAGCACCGGAAGCAGUGUCCACUGCAAAAGGAAGAUCACAGUCUACCGCAACGGCCAGCUGGUGAUUGAGAACCUCGGUGAUGUGUUGCACUCUGAGAUCCUGCAGUGUCAGGACGGGGAUCUGGAGCCGUGCAGCACAGUCGAGGUGGAGCUGGCAGACUACAAAGAAAUGCCCUCUUCUCCAGACCCCAACCCCAUUCCUCCUCCAGUUCCUCCAUCCAUUGGGGAACAGAAACCGGCUCCACCUCCACGCCGGCGCCGGCGCAAGCCAAAGCGUACAGUGCAAAUCGACUCAAAGAGGGUGAUCUCAAGCUGCAAGGGGACGCACUCGGACGUAGCGCUGUUCUUCGUGCAUGGUGUGGGAGGUUCUCUGGACAUUUGGAGCAGCCAGCUGGACUUCUUCUCUAGGCUGGGUUAUGAGGUCAUAGCCCCCGACCUGGCGGGGCAUGGAGCUAGCAUCACUCCACAGAUUGCAGCAGCUUAUACUUUUUACGCCCUUGCAGAGGACCUUCGUGCCAUCUUUAAGAGAUAUGCUCGGAAACGCAACAUUCUCAUCGGCCACUCUUAUGGUGUGUCAUUUUGCACCUUCCUGGCCCACGAAUAUCCCGAUCUGGUCCAUAAAGUGGUUAUGAUCAAUGGAGGGGGUCCCACAGCUCUGGAGCCCAGCCUGUGCUCCAUCUUCCAGCUGCCGUCCUGUGUCCUACACUGUCUGUCACCCUGUCUAGCCUGGAGCUUCCUCAAAGCUGGAUUUGCCCGUCAGGGUGCCAAAGAAAAGCAGCUGUUGAAGCAGGGCAAUGCCUUCAAUGUGUCUCCGUUUGUCCUGCGAGCCAUGAUGAGCGGCCAGUACUGGCCUGAGGGGGAUGAGGUCUACCACGCCGAGCUCACUGUGCCCAUCCUUCUGGUUCAUGGCCUGUGCGACAAGUUUGUGCCCAUGGAUGAGGACCAGCGGAUGGCAGAGAUCCUUCUGUUUGCAUUCCUAAAAGUCAUCGAGGAAGGAAGUCACAUGGUCAUGAUGGAGUGCCCUGACACUGUCAACACCCUUCUCCACGAGUUCUUUCUAUGGGAGCCCGACAUGUCCAGAAAAGACAGCAGCAAGACAGCAGACACAGCUCUCAGUGACACUCUCCACACGCUGAGAAUCAAUAAAGCUAUGGACAAAUAACCACGCAGGAGUUUAGUUUUGUUACCAAGUAGAAGGCCUUUUUUGGCAUGUGUUCUUAAGGCUGCUCCCAGGCUGAGAGCUGUUAUAAGCAGGGCCACAUCUUCAGGAUGCAGACGGCCACUGGUGCUCCAAGAUAAAGCAGGACUUAGGCAUGGUGUCGACCAGGGAAUGAUGGAACGGACAUAAAGACGAGAGGAAUGGAUGCAAAUACACAGUCAGUUUGUGCUUCGCUUUUUGAUACCAGUUUGUGCUCCAUCGCGUCACGUUUGCAAAACGACACAACACCUGGAGGACUAUGUCCAUUCGUGAUUUGUUCAUGAAACGUAUCUGGCGAAGAACUGACUACCACAAGAUGCAAAAUCCAUGAAAUGGUGUGUGAAUUGCCUCAACUUUAUCUUAGAUAUUCUGUAAAGUACCGCAGAGCUUCUGUUCUGCCUUUACAAAUUGGUUAUUACGUACGGUAGGCCCAUUGUACUUCUGCUCUCAGUGGGAGGACUGGCGAAAUUAAGGAACUACAGAUCUGAUUCGCCAGUACGAUGGUGAAGGACACCUUACGUGUUGAUGAUAAUAGUUUAUUAUCAAAUACGGACUGACUAGUAGGUUAUGGGUUAAAAAUCCUAAAUAUAUAUCGAUGUACAUGCAAUAUGUAAUUAUUAAUUACACCACAUGCAUACAUGAAUGACAUUAUGCCGUAGGAGAAACAUGGAGAUCCACUGUGUAUCUGCAAUCCAGCCACUACAAUGUGCAGUGUACACCAUCUCAAACAUAAAGACUCACAAUCACAGCUACUGUCGAUAUAAUUGGCUCAUCUCUUUCCAAAGUACAGAAACAUAUUUUCCAUAUAUUGAACUCUAAUAUAAAAUCUAAACCCAGAAAGCUACGUGUGUCUAUGUCAAGCACAAUAUAACCAAUUCAUCGAUUUCAUAGCUGCAUGAAAAUUAAGUAAUAUUCAACGAGAGGUUCAUUUUGCAAGAACAAACUAAAAUGGAUGCCAGAAGGUUCUCCUCCUUUAUUCUAGCAGCCAUUUCUGCAGUAGUAUAUAAUAUCCUAAGGAUACAAAGUACCGAGGCCUUGCAUGAGUCCAGAAUAUGAAAAGGUGUGAGAGUUGUGUCAGACAAUGUAUUCUCAUAUUGAAAAAUCCCCCUGUGCACUUCUCUCUAAUCAAAUGAGUGUUCCUUCUAAUGUGUAAGUAUUAUUUUUGCCUUUAUUUUGAAAUAACAGCAACUGCCAUAACAAACUGUGGUUGUACCGACCGCUUUGAGCUGCUGAGUGUGUUCCCCUACUACUCUCCAGUCCACCCUAUUUAUCUAAUAGUGUCAGACAGAAAGAAGGAGCGAAACACGAUGCUCGCUGAAAGACAUUCAUUCAUGGGUGCUGCUUUGUCUCAUAGUGGGACAGUAAGGUGCGGGUAAAAGCACAGUCUAAUAUGCUCCCUGACAGUGCGUCUCUGUUAGUUGGUGAACUGUUUUGAGAAGCAAAUGGUGGUGGAUUUGAGACUGGGUGUCCAAAGCUUAAAAUCAAAUAUGAGUCAGCCAAAGGAGGGACGUUUGUACAGACUACGCUGGUCUGUUAUGCAUUUUGACAGAAUGCUGAUACAACAUGGCUGGUCUUAUGCAACUGGAUCAAAACAGAGAGAAACAGACUGGAACUAAACCGACUUGGCACUGACAUCUGAAAAAUAUUAUAUAUUCUCUAUGGACUUUCCAAAAACCAACAAGUGCUGCUGAUGCAACGUACUGUACGUCUCCUUUGGUGUAAAAGGUCAGUAAAACUGUAUGGACUACAGGGUGCACAUGUACUUCCUCUUAUAAAAGUGUGCAUAUACAAAUUGUCAGUGCUCAUAUGUGCUAUAUCUUUUUGUGGUUAACAAAAUGUGUUAAUGUUAUUGUUGCAUUUAUUCAUGGGAAUCAUAUGCACUGCCUGAAUGUAGAUGCAUAUAACAUUAUAUAGCCUAUCGAAACCGUUGGAUUCAGUGUAUGAAUGUGCCUUUCCUGGCAUGAAAUAAAAACCGAUGUUCA